AUGUAUACAAAUUAUAUUCUAUUUCUAAUAAAUAUUCAUAUCUUAUAUGCCGACGAUACAUCAGUAACUCACUUGUAUGGAAGUGGUACUGAUUCUAUUCCAGCUACCCCUAUUGAAUUACGUGGUAUUUAUUCAUCGAUUGCUUCUACUUUUCGUUGUGAUCUAUUAUGUCAUCAAGAUCCACAAUGUCGUACAUUUGUCUUUGAUUUACCUAUUUGUAAAUUAUAUGAAGGUUCUUCAAAUACUGGUUUGAUUGUUAAUUCAUCUUCUACUGGUCGUAUCGUUGGUAGAAUAAUUUAUCACAACAUUAAUUUAUCAUCGACUUACAAUCAAUCUUGUAAUCAUUGUUAUUCUGAUCGAUAUCUUGUAUGCAGAAAUAACACAUGCCAAUGUCCUCUAAGUACUUUCUGGGAUAAUAAAAGUAAGUGUAUCAAUCAAUUGUUUGUUGAUUCAAAAUCACCAUGUCAAAAUGAUAAUUGGUGUCGUCAAGAUAUGAAUCUUACUUGUCAAUGUGGUAAAUAUCAAUGUCCAGUGACAACUUAUUGGAUUAAUAAAACCUGUGCACCACAAUUAUUCGCUGGAGCAUCUUGCAAUACAAUGAUACCGAUUGUACAAAUGGAUGUUAUUAAUGGAACUCUUCCUGGUAACUUCUCACAACUUGGAAUUCAACUUAUUAGUACUGGUUCUGAAUGGUUCCGUGCUUUCGAUAAUAAUACUUACAGCUAUUGGAAUGCAAAUAGUUAUGAUGUAUCAGAUUAUCUGCUUGUCACAUUCAAUGAUACAUAUCUACUACAUUCUCCACAAUUAACAGUAUACGGUGAUGGGUGGCAUGAUCCAGAAGCAAUAGAUGUUUACUUAGAUAAAGAAGCGACAUAUUCAGGUCAAUCAUUCGCGUAUCCAGUGAUUACAAAUCUAAAUUAUCUCGCUUUUGCACCAAAUCAAUUCAAUAAUUCAAUCAAACCGUUAGCAGCUAAAGAAGUCAUGAUCAAUUUUGAACGACUCAGUAUUAAUCAAAUCUGGCUAUUUGAACUGUCAUUCUUUGGAGGCUUAUAUUAA